CGAGUUCCUGAAGGCCACCCUGAUUGGCACCGGGUGCACCUGAGCGGAAACGGGUCUCAGAGUAAUGCUAAAGACAGGAGUUUUUACAGAAAGUAAGUUUGGAAAUGAUUUGACUUCUGCAGGAAGCCUGGAAUGAAAAGCAGGCGAUACUGUGCACGUUUCCAGUUGUAAUGUUGAUACCUCUCAAUUUCAGGUUUUUAGCUUGAAAUGAAUGAAAAUGCAGAAGGGCACAGCAGGUGUGCCGACCAAGAGAGGUCUCUCCCUGCUUCCACCUCCCUUCUGUCUUCUUCCAGCUGCAGCUCCACCCAAACAUGGCUGCCUCCCGACUGGCCUCUGCGGCCUUCCUGGACAAACGAUCGUCCAAAAGAGCAGGACCAGGCUUCUCGGCACCAUUACAUCGAGAUGCAGUCGAGUCCUGCGUUCUAUGAGGACCUCCUCUGUGCCAGCCAGACCUCCAACACUCUGGCUGGUGCCCUCAUGGCCUCCUCCCUGCCACAGAGCGACGUGGUGAAACAAAGUUCCCUGGGGAAACUGGAGCGGAACCACAUGAGAUAUUUUGUCCUGAGAGCAGGAAGUCACACCGGGCCGAGCCGACUCGAGUGGUACAAAAACCAGGAGAAGUUCACAGCGGUGGAGAAGCCUGCUGGUAAAGCUGCGCUGUAUGGCUCAAGCAGAAACAGCCCGGAAAUCACCAUUGCCAAACUCGCCAGACUCCAUUUAAAUAAACGGGUGAUUUAUCUGAGGUGCUGUCUGGGUGUGAGCCGGAGUAGCAGUUCCAGGAAAGGCCACACAGUGGAGCUGUAUGCCAAGGAUCAAACCAUGGUGCUGGUGGUGGAGAACCAGUGGGAACAAGCCGAGUGGUAUCUGGCCAUCAAGAAACUGAUGGAGGAAGAGCAGAAGGAUGAAGAGCAUGGAGAAGGGUUUGAUGAAGAGGAUGAUGGGUAUUGCACUCUGCCCCCUGCUGCUUCCUUUAAAGAGGUUUGGCCCGUCACGGUGAAGCCCAGAGGUCUGGGUUAUUCCAAGUCCCUGUUGGGGGAGAGCCGGCUCUGCCUCACCGCUACGUCUCUCACCUUGGUCAGAGUGGCGGCAUGCAGUGACUUGCCGUCGGUAACGAUACCUUUGCUCAGUGUCCGGCGCUUUGGCCACUUGGAUGGUUCGUUCUUCUUAGAGCUCGGCAGGUCGGCACUAAACGGCCCCGGAGAGAUCUGGAUGGAAGCUAGGGACCAAGGAAACCCAGCAGUAGCCCAGCACAUUCAUGAGGUGGUUCGCGAGACGGUAAGGGCACUGCGAGCUCUUCCUGACUUCAGCCGGUCACCGAACGCCAAUCCCAAUCACCUUCAGAACCUUCUGGCCUCAAAACGCUGCCGACCCAAAUACAGAGACAAACCGGUGAAUGUGAGGCCGCUUGGUUCACGCCUGGCCCUGCCUCCCAGAAACUCUGAAAUCCAGACCAGUCCAACUAAAUGUGACCUCGAGCCCGGCAAACCACACAAAACGGAGCCUGAAUCCGAUCCGAGCCCCACCGCACAUCUCAGCCCUGUCAGACUCCAUCAGAGCUCCGUGUCUGAGACUGGCUGCUACAUGGAAAUGAAAACGGACCAUCGUCUGCCCAUAAACAAAGGGGGAGAUAACGAGCGCAGGAGAACUGCCGAGGUGACAGGGGACCAGUGCGGUGUUGCCGCCAGCGGGGCGGAGGGCUGGGAGCCAGGUGAGGAGCAGGGGCCGGGGUACAUGAUGAUGUCUCCACAGGGAAGACGCGGACCAUCUGUGCUGCCUCAGGAUGACUACGUGACCAUGGCGAGUCCACAUGAACACAGCUGGCUAGCUUACUCCUCCCCCUCCUCUUCCCUUCAGUCAUCCUUCAACAGCUCCACCUCUGACCAAUGCUCUCCUCUGCACCCAUCGCAUCAUCAGACCAGUGAGCACAGCGGGCCGCGCUGGCUGGAGACCUCAGUCCAACAGUCAGAAACCGAAGCUGGCCAAUCACAGAUGAGCAUCGGCAUCUCCACCCAACCACAGGAUGAUGCAAGGCAGGAGCAGGCAUCAGCCAAGCAGAGACUCCUCCCGGCACAGAUCCGGGCCACCUCGUCUCCUGUGAGGAGCGUUGAUGGGUCUGGCGCGUUGACUCCAUUUGCCGCAAGUGGACCAGGCCACACCGGGUCAAUUCAGGCUAGCCCAAACUCUGGUACUGGCCGGUCCAGCCGACUCCAAGCGGCAUCACGCCAAUUUGUUAGAAGAUACCGGCUUUCUUUUUGCCUGCCUUGUUGCCUGCAAGCUGAGGACAGGCAUUGAGUCUUUGUAAAAAUUCAAUGUUUUGUUUACAUCAAUAAUCUCAACAGGAGCCCUUUACUUUUUCUGGUUCAGCAGCGGACGUUGUGGUUACUGUCCACAAAAAGUCAAACUUAAGCUGAUUUAAAGAAUAAUUGAUUUCAAUAUUUCAGCGUUGUUGCACUUAAUCACUUGCAUGCUGCACACUUGCUGUGACAAUGCACAUGCAUAAAGAAACUGGUGCUUUAAAGUCUUACAUUGAAUGAAUACUACAGUAUGUUUAAGAAAAAAGUUGUCUUUGACAAUUUUAGUCCUUUGUCUGUCUGUUAACGCACUUAAUGUUUGGUUUCAGUUAGCCACUUUUUGCCAAUUUGUUUCUCUUUUGGCUAAACCACACAGCACUUGAAGAUGCUCAACUGUUGAUAUUAUAUGAAAUAUUUAAAAGAAUAAAGUCACAGUAAUGCACAUUUUUCUUCAGCCCUUCAUUGA